AUGGCAAACAUAGCCAAACUUGAGUUCAUCGCCCUUGACAUCUCUGGCAAGAAUUACAUGUCAUGGACUCUUGAUGCUGAUAUUCACCUGAUCUCAAGGGGUCUAGGAGAAACUAUCAAAGAAGGAAACAAAGCGUCCGACCAGGAUCGCGCUAAGGCACUAAUAUUCCUUCGUCAUCACCUUCAUGAUGACCUUAAGACAGAGUAUCUGACUGUCAAAGAUCCACAAGAAUUGUGGACGAACCUCAAAGAAAGGUUUGAUCAUCAAAAGACUGUCGUCCUUCCUAAAGCUCGUUACGAGUGGAUGCAUCUAAGACUGCAAGACUUUAAGUCUGUGAGUGCUUAUAAUUCUGAAUUAUUUAGAAUUGUUUCUAAAUUGAAACUUUGUGGAGAGAAAAUCAGUGAUACUGAUAUGCUUGAGAAAACAUUCUCCACUUUUCAUGCUUCUAAUGUGCUGUUACAGCAACAAUAUAGAGAGCGUGGUUUCAAAAAGUAUUCAGAAUUAAUAUCUUGUUUGUUGGUUGCCGAGCAAAAUAAUGAAUUGCUCUUGAAAAAUCACGAACUCCGCCCCACCGGUUCCGCUGCAUUGCCUGAAGCCAAUGCAACUUUCAACCAUGAUAAUGGACGUGGUCGUGGGAACCAACGUGGACGUGGGCGUGGACGUGGGCGUGGAUAUGGUCGUGGUCGUGGACGCGGUAAACCACAUGAUGCAACCUCUAGCAACAAAAAGCAUAAAGCAUCCAACGAGCACAAUUCAUACAAAAAGGAAGCAAAACACCUUGCAGAUCUAUAUCAAGAUUCAAUCAAGGGAAAAGGCAAAAAGGAGUCCAAUAAUGUUGACUUUGACGGUCCAAUUGAUACUACUCAUUUAGAUGUCUCCGACUUCUUUGAAGACCCAAAAGGAGAUAAUAUAGAUCAGUUGAUCGGUGGUGGUGUGCUUGAAGACAAUAAUAUGGACACUAUUUAG